CGGCGGCGGUUGUCGGGGCUGGUGCGCGGUGCCCUGCGCGGUGCGCUGCGCCGCCCACCAUGGCGGCCACCGAGGGGCUGCUCCUCACCAACCACGACCACCAGAUCCGCGUGGGCGUCCUCACAGUGAGCGACAGCUGCUUCAGGAACCUCGCUGAAGAUCGGAGUGGGUUAAACCUCAAGGACCUGGUCCAAGAUCCUUCUUUGUUGGGUGGGACUAUUUCGGCUUACAAGAUAGUGCCAGAUGAAAUAGAAGAAAUCAAGGAAACGCUGAUAGAUUGGUGUGAUGAAAAGGAACUUAACCUGAUUUUAACAACCGGAGGAACCGGGUUUGCGCCAAGAGAUGUCACCCCAGAGGCCACAAAAGAAGUAAUAGAACGGGAAGCCCCAGGGAUGGCCCUGGCAAUGCUGAUGGGAUCACUUAAUGUUACACCUCUGGGCAUGCUCUCUAGACCCGUGUGUGGAAUCAGAGGAAAAACUCUCAUAAUCAACCUGCCAGGUAGCAAGAAAGGGUCCCAGGAAUGCUUUCAGUUCAUACUGCCAGCCCUACCUCACGCCAUCGACCUCUUGCGAGAUGCCAUUGUCAAAGUCAAGGAGGUACAUGAUGAACUUGAAGAUUUGCCUUCACCGCCACCCCCUCUUUCCCCUCCUCCUACUACCAGCCCCCACAAGCAGACAGAGGAUAAAGGGGUCCAGUGUGAGGAAGAAGAGGAAGAGAAGAAAGAUAGUGGGGUGGCCUCAACAGAAGAUAGCUCCUCAUCACACAUAACUGCAGCCGCUAUCGCAGCCAAGAUUCCAGACUCCAUUAUUUCCCGUGGCGUUCAGGUCCUCCCACGAGACACGGCUUCCCUCAGCACUACCCCUUCAGAAUCACCUCGGGCCCAAGCCACAUCUCGCCUCUCCACGGCUUCCUGCCCAACACCAAAACAAAUUAGACGGCCGGAUGAAAGCAAAGGCGUUGCUAGUAGAGUUGGAUCCCUCAAACUGCACUUUAGGUUGGAAGGGCUAAAAGAUGAACUCGGGAGGAUUAGAGGCUACGACUUAAGAGUGCAGUCCAGAUGUAGCAGCAAGGAGAACAUUCUCAGAGCCAGUCACAGCGCAGUUGACAUCACCAAGGUCGCAAGAAGACACCGCAUGUCUCCAUUCCCACUGACAUCUAUGGACAAAGCCUUCAUCACAGUCCUGGAGAUGACCCCAGUGCUUGGGACUGAAAUUAUUAACUACCGAGAUGGGAUGGGUCGAGUCCUUGCUCAAGAUGUCUACGCAAAAGACAACUUACCCCCGUUCCCAGCAUCUGUGAAAGAUGGCUACGCUGUCCGAGCUGCUGAUGGCCCUGGAGACCGUUUCAUCAUUGGGGAAUCUCAAGCUGGUGAACAGCCUACUCAGACAGUGAUGCCAGGGCAGGUGAUGAGAGUGACAACGGGCGCCCCAAUCCCCUGUGGUGCUGAUGCCGUGGUUCAAGUGGAAGACACAGAACUCAUCAGGGAAUCAGAUGACGGUACUGAAGAACUUGAAGUGCGGAUUCUGGUACAGGUUCGGCCAGGCCAAGAUAUCAGACCCAUCGGCCAUGACAUUAAGCGAGGAGAGUGUGUACUGGCCAAAGGAACCCACAUGGGCCCAUCAGAGAUUGGUCUCCUAGCAACUGUAGGGGUUACAGAAGUAGAAGUGAACAAGUUUCCGGUGGUUGCCGUCAUGUCAACGGGGAACGAGCUGCUGAACCCCGAGGAUGACCUCCUACCAGGGAAGAUCCGAGACAGCAACCGCUCGACUCUCCUAGCAACAAUUCAGGAACAUGGAUACCCGACCAUCAAUCUGGGAAUUGUGGGAGACAACCCAGAUGAUUUACUCAAUGCCUUGAAUGAGGGUAUCAGUCGUGCUGAUGUCAUCAUCACAUCCGGGGGAGUGUCCAUGGGGGAAAAGGACUAUCUCAAGCAGGUGCUGGAUAUUGAUCUUCAUGCACAGAUCCACUUCGGCAGGGUCUUUAUGAAACCCGGCCUGCCAACAACAUUUGCAACUUUGGAUAUUGACGGUGUAAGAAAAAUCAUCUUUGCACUCCCAGGGAAUCCUGUGUCAGCCGUUGUCACCUGCAAUCUCUUUGUCGUCCCGGCCCUGAGGAAGAUGCAGGGCAUUCUGGACCCACGACCCACUAUUAUCAAAGCCAGGUUAUCAUGUGAUGUGAAACUGGAUCCUCGCCCAGAAUACCACCGGUGUAUACUGACUUGGCAUCACCAAGAGCCACUGCCUUGGGCACAGAGUACAGGGAAUCAGAUGAGCAGUCGUUUGAUGAGUAUGCGCAGUGCCAAUGGACUGUUGAUGCUACCUCCAAAGACAGAACAGUACGUGGAACUUCACAAGGGCGAGGUGGUGGACGUCAUGGUCAUCGGAAGGCUAUGAUGGUCGCCGGCAGGAGCAGAGCUUUGAUGCAUGUCCACAUAUCAUUGACUGUAUCCCGUAAUAUGCAACGGCACAGCUAGUUUUUCUGAUUUGGAUAAACGUUGAUCAGUAUAGUCAACAACCUGGAACUAUAUUUCAAAUGACUUUAAAUAAAUACCUUUUAAAAAACAGGUUAUCUUAACAAAGAACUCUAUUCUGGUUAUAGCAAAGAAACUUUUUUCCUUUCUUGCAAUCGCUUUGUGUGUUCAAUGCUAGGUCUGAUAGCGGUAGCUUUUAGUAGACAGCAGUAGGUGCCUGCAGAACUUGUGUUUUUUCUCAUCUUUAAAAUACAACUACUUAUGCUCUUAAAACAAGGCUGUCUGCUUAUUUAUACUAGCUUAGUCAACACUUGGAUUUCCCUUCUUAGUAUGCUUCAUAACCGCUUCACGGAGAGCUUUGCUUGUUCUUUAUCUUGUAUCUCGUGUGUAUGUGCACAGAGCCAACAACUGGGGAUGUGGGCUCUGCCCGGCAGAGAACCGGCCCUUCCAGAGGUCUUGGGGUGACCCAGGAGGGCCCGCGAUCCAGCAGUCGCCCGGCUCGGUGCUCUCGGCGGCAACUGGACACCUUUUAUUUCAACAAAUAGACAAAAAAAAAAAAAAAAAAUUGCUUCCUUAAGUGCUGACAGCCUUUUUAACCAAUACAUUUAAAAAUGUACAGAAUUCAAAAUAAAAAAAAAAAAUCAAAGACUGAUCUUGUACAGAUAUUAGUGUUACCAGCAUUCAUGUGGAAAUUAAAAUGAGCAAAGAAUUAAAAUCCUAAUGUUGAACAACUCUGUACCAUAACAUUUUCUGUAAUGAUAUUGAAACUUAAUAAAU